AUGAUAACCCCAUUCUUCACAAUAAGUCAAGAUGACGAGUUUGUAUACGUUGAUGUGAAGAUUCUGCAUAUACGGUUCAGUGCUUCCAAUAUAGAGAUGGUUAUGGAGGGGGAACUUUUCAUAUUUUCGUUAGCACCAUACUAUUUACGGUUGAGACUACCAUAUCCGUGUGUGGACGAUGAGCGCGCAAAUGCAGUGUUCGACUCCAAGUCAGAAUGUGUGAAAGUUAAAAUACCAAAGGAAAACAAAGGACAAUUUUUCCCAGAUUUAGACUUGACAGCCAAGUUGUUGGCCAGAACAAACGAACCCGGGAACUUGCACCAGCUGCUGCUGGUGCCGCUGCCGCUGCCCAAGAAACCAUUGAUUGAAGAGUUGGAUGUAGACAAUCAGAUUAAAAAUCGUCAAGCUGAAAGAGAUUUAGAAGAAGGAGAGAAUUUUGAUUGGGAGGUAAAGCAAGAAGUGCCAAGGAAUCCUACUUUGGAAGUGGGAAGAGGUAGUGGUGAUGAUGAUGAAAAAGACGAGGAAGGUAUAACUCUCAAUAUCUCAUCUGGGUUUAAAUAUGGCUUCAACAAUCAAUAUGACGGUAUUAUUGGAGUCAGUGUUUCCAAUGGAAAUGACAUCAAUAGUCUAGGCGAUCCCGAGGCAACCCCAGCAAAUGAUAGAAUUAUAGAGCGAUUGAUUAAAGAGAAUAUUCAAUUUGAUCCAGAAAUUUAUGCAGCCGAUUAUAUGAUGGAAAAGUAUCCAGUUGAAGAUGAUGAUAAAUCAUUUAAAGAGAUUUUGGAAUGGAAAGAUCCUGCGGCUCAGGAAUAUGUGAAGUGGUAUGCAUCUCAAGCAGAAUUACAUGAACAGGAGCGAACUGCAGUGGUACCGGUUGAGUUUACGAAGAAGGAGCAUGAGCAGAUGAUGAAUCUACCUAGAAGAUCGUACUUGAUAGAAGACUCAUACAAGCGGGAAGUACUAGUAAGUAUGUGUUGUCUACUUUUUGCUUAUCAUUUUGAUUUGAGAGAGACUGAAGGUGAACAUAACGUUGAAAGUGCUUGGACAGUAGGCAAGAUUGCUCCACAGUUUUCUUUUUUGGAUUCGAAAUUGAUCUUGCAGAAGCAUGAGAAUCUCUUGAAAUCGGCGAUAAUAACAUGUAUAAGAAGAGCAGUCACACUUCCGCUUCAUAGAAGUUUUGAAAUGUGCAAGAAGGUCUGGCUCGACGUAUCCUACAUUAUCCGGGGGGGCAAAAGGUUAAUUCUCAAAUCUUUAUUGGGUAUGAAAGAAUUGUUCAGAUUUCAUAGUAUUUACUAUGUCUAUGAUAAGAUAUGGUUAGAAGACUUGUGUUCGUACUUGAUAAGUGAAAAUGUCACUGAGGCUGAACUAAAAAACCUCGGUUACAAACUAUGGUGUCAGUUGUGCCAAGUAAACGAAUCUGAAAUAACUUUUGAAAAGAUUGCGAAUGAGAAGGAGGAGGAGGAAGAGGAGGAGGAGGAGGAGGAGGAGGAGGAGGAGGAGGAGGAAGAGGAAAAGAAAGUAAAGGAUGGACAUGAAAGUAUUGAUAGUAAUAAAAACGAAGAGGUGACGAUUGUGUUGUCUCUUGAAGACAUCCACAAAAUGGUCGAAGAGCUGUAUAUAAAUAUUAGAAACAGUUGCGGUGAGAUGAGAUGA